AUGAACCGAUCUAAGAAGUUGGAUUUUGUUUGGCAUGAUGCGUUUUCCCCUGAUAUUACUCAUAGGCAAAAUGCCUUGCCAUUUGAAAAAGCCAAUGUGCUAUUCAACAUUGGUGCAUUGUUGACAAAAUUUGCCAUUACAAAGUACAAUGAACUGCAAAGCAGCAAUGGCGUUGCCACUGUAAAAGAUUCCAUUGUCAUGUUACAACAAGCAGCUGGGGUUUAUGAGUACUUGAAUGAAAACUUCUUACAUGCGCCUAGUGACGACUUGAGUCAGUCAACCAUUAGAUUUCUCAGCAAGUUGAGUUUGGCACAAGCACAGGAAGUUUUCACCUUGAAUGCAAUUACCAAUGAUUUGGACCAGCUGAAGAAUUCAUUGAUUGCUAAAUUGUGUAAAUCAACCAGCUUGCAAUACGAGGAGUGUUAUAAUAUGAUCAGCCAGGAGGAGAAAGAGAGCUUCAAGAUUGUUGACGAUUAUGAUGAUCUUGUUAGUGAUGAUUUGGAAGGUCCUGGAGAUGAUGAAGAAGAUUCGCGUUAUGUCACAGUGCAAUUGGAUCCAUCUUGGAUCUCGAUCAUUUAUUUCAAAAUGCAAUAUUAUAAAUCAUUGGCAUUAUACUUUCAUGCGUUGCAAUUGGAGGCAGGAAGAAAAUAUGGUGAUGCAAUUGGGUUCCUAAAUCAGUCAAGUGUAGUAUUGGAAAAUAUCAACCCACACGCAAUGAAAACAAUUUCUAAAGGGCAUGGAAAUGUGUAUGAUUUAUUAGACAAUUACAAUUACCAAAAAGAUGCAGUGGGAAUUAAAACUGACGAAUUGGUGAAAGACAAUGAUUUAAUCUAUCACGAUUUGGUGAAAAAAGAUGCCAAUUGGAAUCUGUUGUCACCAUUGCAGGUUUCCAAAGUCGUACCAUUGAAUGAUAUCCCUCUUUUGAAGGAGGUUAACGAACAAGGAUAUCAAAAUUUUUUGAGCAACGUUGUACCAAUUAACAUCCACGAAUUAUCAAGCUUCUACUCGGAAGAGAAAUCGCAAUUGUUGAGAAAUGAGAUUGAUUACUAUGAGGUUUCAAAAGAGGAAACUGAGUCGUUUUUGGAGUCUUUAAAGUUACCCAAGGCUUUGCAUCAACUAAAGCAUGCAUUAAAGGCAUCUGAUGAAGAUGAAAUUCCCCAUGAUAUCAUGUCUAAAGUGAGGGAAAUAUCAAGCACCUACGCAAGAGAUCAGGAGUUGGAGGAAGAAAAUGUCAAAUUGAGGCAAAAGAUUUAUGAAACUAUAUCAAAGUUUGACCAAUAUAGUCACCAAGAUGAAGCAAUCAAUCUCAAACGCGCUCUUUACGAAGCAUCCAACUCGGAUAAAAAGAUUGCUUCUUUGAUUGAUCGAUCUUUUUAUAAAGCAUUAUCAAAGGGGCCUAACGACAAGCAAUUCCGUCAAUUGUUUGAACCAGUUUCUUCUCAUGAAGUGAGCUUAAUUGACAAAGAGGACACUCAAGAUCAACAAAUCAAGACAUUGGAGACCUUUUUGUACGACUUGGGCACCAUCAAAACAAAUAAAGCCAGCUUGAUUGAAAAAUUGAAAAAAGAUAUUCACUCAGAUGACAUUUCCAAUAUCUUGAUGUUGAAUGCAAAGCAAAUGAGCAAUAAUGAAAUCAAAAGUGUCAUUUUCCCAGCAGAAUUGAAAAAAUUCCAACCGUUUGUUGAUAAAUUGGAUAAUUUGAUUAACCAAGAGAAGUCGAUACUUUCUGAUGUGAAAACAGAGUGGGGUACGUUAUUGAGUGAUCCUGUGGUGAAACAAUUGCAAUCGCAAACUCAAGAAAAGGCACAAUUAUGGAGUGAUAACAUUGCCAAAAUUGAAUCAUUUUACAAAAAUUGGACCCAGUAUCAUGCAGGUUUGGCAAAGGGGAAUACUUGGUACAGCAAACUCUUGACACAUUGUGAAAGUAUAGCAAAUGCUAGUACUUUGAAUCAGUCGAUGAAUUCACUAAAGUUGAAUGAUUACAACAACGCGCAUAGCGCAGGUAGUUCCCACUCCACAGGACAGUGGAGUCAACCUUCGCACUCGCAACCGAUGAAUCCUCAUUACAACCCCCCACCUAUGCAACCGCAAUUUUCUGGAUUUGCACAACCUUUACAGCCUCGGGCGAGCAGUACUCAAUAUGCUAGCGCACCGCAACUACAACAACAUCCUUCAUACACCAGGCCGCCACAGUUGCCACCAAAGAAUCCGAAUGCACAAACCGGCACGUCUACAUUCACUUCACAGCUGACCGCCUCAACAGAGGAUUACAAAGUGCCACCCUGGCAGCAUGCCAACAAGAGUUCUGAUUCCAAAACCGGGCUCAUCUAUGAUCAACCAUCAACUUACGAUCCCAACAUGUAUGAUUUUUUUAGCAAGUAG